AUGGGAAAGCACUACGAGGCGGCCUAUACUGACCUCUGUAUGUCGUACGACUGGGCUUGCUACCUCAACGACCACCUCACGAUGUUGAUGCCGAAAACACGUUGGGGGAACUUCAGCGGUCCCAUCGCCGAAUUCGCCAGUGACAUCAUCAAUAAUGAGGUGAAUAUCACGUACCCUAUCGGAUGGAGAGGAUCAGAGCCCAUCUACUUCGGAGCACUGGUAGGUCGACCACACCUGGUCGAUCGUCAAGGUCAUUUCGACCACGCGAUUGCUCUUCGGCUCACGUACAACGUAAGACAGGAAAAG